ACAGGGCAAGGGAGCAUUUCCUCAAGGGGUCGAGAUGCAACGUCGAGCGCUAGAGAGGUACUAUACCGAAAGAGUACUUGAGGAGGCAGAAGGCUGCGGGGCGAAUGAUUGAAGUAGAUUACCCUCACAUCUUCUUUGUCCCGUGCACAGCACACUACUCCGACUUGAUGUUCGAGUCUUUCACGAAGAUCGGCGAAGAUCUGUUCGUGAAGGCAACACAUUCCAUCUUGGACGACACCUUCUGGGCAGAUGUCGAGAAGGUGAUGCAGGCGUCCAAGAACCUGCCCAAGCUUUUGAAGAAGGUCGACAGCACGGGCCCCACCAUUAGUAAGGUGUACGCCCGUAUGGACAGCGAAGUGGAGAAACUAAGGGAGAGCGAGCACUUUGCGGAGGCGGAGAAGGAGGAACUCGAGGAGAUCAUCAUGCGGCGCUGGAAUGCAAUGACAUCACUGCUGCAUUGUGCUGCGCUGUUCUUGGAUCCGGAGUACAGAGCGUCGUGGCCAGAAACGGAUGUAGAGGUUGCAGAUGGGUUUUGGAUAUGGCGUUACUCCCGGAGAGGUGGUGGAGGAAGUGGUGCAGUGACAUGCCCAUCCUCCAGAAGCAAGCCGUUCGUCUCCUUGGACAAGCGUCCUCCUCCUCUUGUUGCGAGAGGAACUGGAGCUUGUUCGAACGAAUUCAUAGUUCUUUGUAACAACCUCGGCGCCAUCAAGCUUAGCACGCUGGUUUUCAACAGAUGGAACCAGUGUUUGUUAGAUGCCUUGAUUAAGAAGCCGAAGGCUGAUAAUGAUUCCACGCAGUGGGAAGUUGAUGAACCGUUGGAAGAUCUCACAUGGGAUAAGAUGGCCGCGGAUGCACGGAUGUGGUUGCUGGAGUGGCGUGCCCGGCUGCACAGAACAGCGCCGGUUAGUGAUGCAAGUGAGAACGAUGACUCAGGCUCCGACAACGACGACAAUCCCGUUGAAGCACCACAAACGCCUGUUCCAGAGGAGGUCACAAUCCAACGUCAUCGGCUGUGCAGCAAUCUGCUUGAGCUCGAGAGACAGCUCAACGAGUCAUGGAGGAAGGCCACAAAGGCUUCCAAGUUCCUGCCCCGGCAACAUUUGCAUGAGUUGGAUCAGGCCACGAGGACCAUGACCGUUGAGCAUGCCAACAAAUACAAAGCUGCGAGGGCAAUUGCAUGCGCACCGCCCUCGAUCCCGGCCAAACGAGGGAGAGGGAGACCUCGGAAGGAGGUUGCAGCUCAAGGCGGGACAGGUGAUGUCCUGAGGACGUGGAAGGUGGCAAUUUGGCAGGAGGUCCUGCACCCGCAUGUGUCAACAGUAAGCGGGGACGACCGCAGAAGGAGCCCGUGCAAGAGGAGGACAAAGCAACUAAGGGGGACAGGUGAUGAGGAUGGUGAGGACGUGGAAGUUGGCAAUUUGACUGGAGGUCCGGCACCCGCACGUGGAACAAGAAAGCGGGACCAAUCGCAGAAGGAGCCCGUGGAAGAGGAGGAAGCAGCGCCAGAAGGGACAAGCAGCAAUGAAAGUGGUGGCAGCGGUGAUGAAAAUGAUGGCAGCAGCGACGAAAGUGAUGGCAGUGGCGAUGGUCACGACGGGAGCGGUGGCAGCGAUGGGACUGAUGGCAGUGGCAAGGAGGAGGAAGGCGAAGGCAAAGGCGGCGAGAAAGAUGGCUAAGCCGUAGCUGUCGUCGAGGCCCGGAAGGAGAUAGCAGAGGCAGAACGUCAGCGGCUAGCCAAUGAAGCGGCAGCCGAAGCUCAGCGAAUGACUGAGACUGACGCAGCGACACGAGACAGAUGGAAUGCCAGCAGCACGGAGUCCUUGAUUGCUUGUAAGCAUCAGUGGACGACGGUACUCCAAGACAUGAUCUUUGUGCCUACAGAAGCGCAGGCAGACCCGACACCGGCGGAGGCAGAGAGAACUAACCUGGCUAACUUGCUGUUGGGCAUGAUGAGAGGUAUUAUGUGGAAUAAUACACUGCUGCAGUCACAUCUGCGCGCGGACGUGACGCAGCGACAAACAUACAAGAAUGAUAUGACUACAUUAACCACUGCUAUCCGCACGGAGGCAAUGCAGCAGCAGCAACAGCAUCAACUGUUGAAUUCCACUGUCACACGCGUCAACAGCAUAGAGGCUAACGCCUCAGCAGCGCCAGGAUGCACGGCAGACGUGACGAAGCAACUCAACGAGCGCAUCGAUCACGUCGUCACCAUCAUCGGCGACAUAAGUACGUUCACUGGACCAGACUCGAUCAGCAGCACGGUGUCCGCCAUCAAGACGGACCUCACCAAGCUACAGACGAGACCGGAAGCCGCUACAAAGACGUUCAAGAUGCCGCACUUCGACAUCAGCAAGUUCGACGACUACAACAAGUCGGACGCCUUGUCAUGGUGGCAACGCUUCSUCACGGAAGCAUCAUGCCGCAUGGUCCCGGCGGACGACAUGUUGAAGGCAAUAUAUCUGCAGCUGAUUGGAGGAGUGCAGGGAUGGAUGAACCACCUAGCGGCUACACACAAGUGCACUAUCGCCGAACUCCACACGCACAUUACGUGGAAGGAGUUCGAGCAGCUAUGGUUCACCCGGUUCAUGGUCCGCAACGUCGUGAAGGCGGCCAUGAAUGAGGUGUACACAUGCUCUCAAGGGAACAUGCCAACUCGAGACUGGACAACGAAGUGGCAAAAGAUAGUGACCACAGCAGGUUUCGAUUUGACAUUUCCAAAUCAACAAUCCGAGUUCUUCUCGCGAUCGUGCGCGGGAUUGCGGUCGACACUCGGUAAUGAGUACGACUAUACCACAUUCCAGGCCAUUCUGGAUCGAGCGAAGUUGGUCAUCCAAACGGACGACAAGGCCGCUAACGAGAGGCAAUCCCAGCCGCACUAUGUGGCUAAGCAGACCUAUCAACGUUCGGCACAUAACAAUGCCGUAUUUUCUGAAGAAAUCGACGACCACCACGCGGCGGCAGCAUCCUCGAGUGAUGGAGGAAUUGUCGCAGCGCUCGCGCCGAAGCAUCCAAAGAGAGUUCGCAAGAACAAGGCGACACAAGGGACAGCAGCGACGGGAGCUCAGCAGCAGCCAUGGACGACUUAUAAGAUCACCAAGGAGGUCUAUGACCUACGUCAGAAGUUGCCAGAGGCGCUAGAUAGACUGACGGUAAAGCUGAAGCACAUUUCCAAACAGGCAGGUGGGAGAAAGGUCAAUGUGAUCACACAUUCGAUGGGAGGUCUUUUGUUCAAGUCCUUCUUGGCAACACACAACAAGGACUUUGAACGCUAUGUCAACAGCUGGAUUGCGGUGACGUGCCCAUUCGGAGGUGAGCUUAUUCCUCCGAAGGAAUUCUUUCCUGGAGGUUGGUGGGAUGAGAUCACUGGCAAGCACAUGUGGCUAAGGGACCACGUGUGGCCCAGCAAACCGGCGCAGGCGCUCGUCGCCACCAUGAAGCCUGAAAUCCUGGAAGCAAUGAAAACGAUGGUUGAGACCGGGCGGUUUCCUAAUUUUUUUAGCAAGAUAGGGUUCAGUGAUCUCGCCAAUCUCGCCUCCGCCUGGGAUGGGGGUAGGGAAGCGUUCGAUGCGAAGCUCAUAGGAUUAGCUAUGGAACUCGGGGGAAGGAAGGUGGUAGGCGAAAGAUCGGGAGGAUGGCUAGACGAGGUGACCAUCGGAUGGAAGUAUGAUGAACCUCUGGGCACGAAGCUGUGCAAACCUGGCAAGGUAUUCAGGAAGUUCAAGAUGGCAGAGUGGGAAGCGAAGUAUGACCCUGAAUACUGCAGAUGCGGAGCUGGGAGGCACUUCGACUUCCUAUGCCCUGCCUCUAUGAGGAUGCUGCCUGCAGGGAGGAGUAUGCACGUCAUCACAAACGACACAGGGAUCACGAAUAACGGGCAACUACAGCUAAUGCUCAACGCUGGGCUGAACCAUAUUCCGAUGAGGGCACUGGACGAGGAUUUCGCCAUGGCAGAAAUCGAGGAAGCCUUAGAUUGCAUUCUCGCCACCAGGACCUGUGACGCGGAGCUGUCCAUGGAGGAGGAGAAACAGGUGAAGAAUUUCGUAAUGAGCAAGGCGAAAUCCAGCAUCCGGCAGUACCACUCGCAGCACAGGCACAUCACGGAAGAACCAAUCAACAACAUCCCUGUUCGUGCGGAGAUCGACUGGCUAACCAAAAGAUACCUCGUCUGCCCUACGGAUAAAGCACCGCAUACGCCGACAUUCGUCUGCGUCAAUUUCAUCAGAAGUCUGGCGUUAGAGCGGCUCUCGGGACCAGACUUCAUCGCCCUGCAGCAGCCGCUGGCAGCCAUCGAGCAGAGACUUGCUGAAGAAGCCAGCGCCAUCGCACCUUUCAGACAGACAGACGAGAAGCCGCCGCUGCCACAUCUCAUGGUUGUUUACAAAGCGCACAAGGAAUCCUUCAGAUGGAUUACCAAUACUGCUGGCAGCGUCCUAUCAGCAGUCGCGGACGUAUAUAACUCCGAGGACAGUCUAAUUGCUGCUAUCAGAUUCUUCGUCGGUUGUGCUAUGGAAUGGAGAAGAGCCAGGACAGCCUGGGACGUGGUAGUGAUCAUGGUAUCCGCCAAUGGCACACUUCACCCUCGCUGGGUAGACGGGCAAGAGGACAAGGACUACGACAAGCUCUACUUCGACGAAGCUCAGAUCAUCGACGCGUGUGAAUGGCUGGUGACCAAUGCACUUGUGCAGAUGGGGGAUAGGGUCUGGAGGCAGAUCCUUGGGAUUCUUAUGGGAUUAGCGUGCUCACCCAUCCUCUGCGAUAUUUACUUUUUUAAGUACGAAUUUCCAACUAAUCUCGCACCUGGUCGGAAACCAGGAAUGGCAGGUGCUUAGAUGCUUCGAGGAAACCUACAGAUAUAUCGAUGACGUCUGCUCUCUAAACAAUACGGUCAUCGCUGGCUUCCUCAAAGACGGAGUACCUGGCCAGUACCCCACUCGAAAGAUCUACCCUCACGAGUUCAUUGAAAUAAAAGAAACCACAGAAG